CUUGGCAAGUUGAUGCUCGCUCUGGUGUUGUUUGGUGUCGCGGGAAACAAAACUCAUUCGUGUUCUGUCUUCGGGACUCAGUCGAACUUAAUAAGGCGCUGCUUUUAAAUCUAUAUCAGUGUGGUAUACCAUUGGCUGCACAGUACCACCAAUGGGCCUGAAGGAGUUAAUUCUCUGAUAUAUUUGUUGUCCGAUAACCCGUUUUGUGUGUUCUGACCCCGAAUCAAUCGUCGGGUGGAAGCCAGUUUGUUAGUAUUCGCCAAUUCCGCGCUGUGAUAUGAAUUGAGAAAGAAACGGAUCGUAAUCGAAGCAAAGUUGUCCAGUGUGUGUGCAAUUAAAAAACUCAUCGUGUGUACCGUAUUUCCGCGUUCAACCCACCUUUUAAAACAACGAAAAAUAUGGCCUUGAGAGUGGUCGGUUUAUUGAUUCGCCAAGAGCUAGCUGGACUUGGCGGAAACCCGACAACGCGCAUGAUCAGCACCAGCACGGUACGAUCCGCCCGUAUUUUGAAAGACUCACCAAAUGCGUACCUGAGCAAAAAUUUACUGGAUCGCUACCACAAACUGAAGUAUGAUCCCAAGUAUGUGCAGGCCACAUACGUGUGGAUUGAUGGAACUGGGGAAAAUGUUCGCUUGAAGGAUCGCGUUCUGGAUUACGUUCCCAAGAAGCCAGAGGACUGCCCAAACUGGCAGUACGAUGGUAGUUCAACCUAUCAAGCCCUGGGAGGAAACUCCGACAUGAAGUUAGUGCCGCGUGCUCUGUACAAAGAUCCGUUCAAGCCAGGAGCAAAUGAUGUGAUUGUUAUGUGUGACACUUACCAACCAGAUGGAAAGCCGACAGCGUCCAACAAACGGGCUGGAAUGCAGGCUGCGUACGAUAAAUGUCUGGAUUUGGAACCAUGGUUUGGUAUCGAGCAGGAGUACACAAUGUUGGAUAUGGACGGAAGGCCAUUGGGCUGGCCAACUGCUGGAUUUCCUGGACCACAGGGACCAUAUUACUGCGCCGCUGGUGCACAGAACGUUGUUGGUCGUGACAUUGCCGAAGCUCAUGCCAUCGCUUGUCUGUACGCAGGUGUGGACUUUGCCGGAACGAACGCCGAAGUCAUGCCAGCUCAGUGGGAAUUCCAAGUUGGACCAAAUCUUGGCAUGAAGUGUGCGGAUGAUAUUUGGGUUGCACGAUACAUCUUGUGGCGUAUUGCGGAAGAUUACGGUGUUGUUGUGACCUUUGAUCCGAAACCAAUGGAAGGCAAUUGGAACGGUGCUGGCGGUCACUGCAAUUUCUCCACCAAACCAAUGCGAGAAGAGAACGGCAUCGAGGCUAUCAAGGCUGCCAUCGAGAAACUGUCCAAACAGCACGCCAAACACAUCAAGGCGUACGAUCCCCGCGGAGGAAAGGACAACGAGCGUCGGUUGGUGGGUCGUUUGGAAACUUCCUCGAUCGAUAAAUUCAGCUGGGGUGUUGCAGACCGGGGCACAAGUGUGCGCAUUCCACGUGGCGUUGCGGACGCGAACAAGGGCUACCUCGAGGACAGACGUCCCAGCUCUAACUGUGAUCCCUACAGCGUUUGUGAAGCCAUGCUCACCACCUGUUUACUUGAGUAAUAAGCUGUCGUAUUUACCACAAACCCCCCCCCCCCUGAACCGAUGGUCCCACAAAAAUUCAAUAUCCACUAACCAAUCAUAGGUCUUGUAAGAGAAAAAAUUGUAUUCGUUUGAUAAAGUAACAAGCAUUUGUAUCAUGGUGUCAAAGCUGAAUCAUUAUUAACUAGGAAACAUGAGCCGAGAAUCGUGAACAGCAUUUUUUUCAUAUACAAAAAAACUCGUGUAAAUUAUGAUUCUUAUUUUACAAGAAAAUGUAUUUACCCACAAAUGAAUGAAGUAAUAAUAGGCGGUACAACACAAAGCGGGACGAAAACAACCGAAACAAAAGAAUUCUUAAGUUGAAACGGACAAUACUUAAGCGUGUGUAUGUAUGCAAGGGUUUGCGCGCGCGAAACGAAAAUGUUGAUGGAGCUUUGUUUUUAUUUUUCAGCGGAUAAAGACGAAAGUGUAUAUUUUAAGCAUUGUUGACUGAUGAUUUUCCCGUAUGUUUUACACAAAAAACGCUAUUAAAACAUAAUGAUGAAAGGAUGAUUAAGAAUGAAAAACGAUUUGCCAAGUCAUAGCUCAUUUAAUGUUAUAAGAGUAUAAAAUAUCGAAUUGCCGCAAACUGGAAUUCAGUCUAUAUGAAAGUGACACAUAUGAAAGAAACCAGAUAUCAAUUUUUAUGUACUAUGAAAUGUACUUUGUUACAAGUAGUUGUGUAUGACAAAAUGAAACAAAAUAGAGUAAGACAAAAAUAAACAAUAUUAAACCAAA